CUCUUGCUGAAACAACUGCAGAAAUGAAGAGGUUAACUCUGUUUUUUCUAGGUGAUAUAUAGGGGCAGAGGUAGUUUAGACCUGUCAAACACACAUGCCACUUGUUUAGUGAUUACCUGCUGGACUGCUGUCACAAAAAACGUGGGGAUGUGUCCCUUUGCACUGCUAUUUUUGUACACGCUGGGAACAUCAGUGGUGCUGGCAGACCCCAACAAACAGGAAUCAAACCCCUCAGAAGAGUCAAGGCUUUUGGUGGAGCCAAAGCCCUCAGAGGAACCUGCUAGUCCAAAGAGUGAGCCCUGUUCAAAGCGAUGUACCUGCCACCAAGAUGACUACAGCCUAGAGCUCAACGUCUACUGCAGUACACGCAACUUCACGCAGGUUCCCCCCGACCUCCCUGAGUCUACACGCUCACUAUGGCUGGAUGGAAACCUAUUUACUACUAUACCAACAGGUGCUUUCGAAAAACUGGCCAAUCUGGAGUUCUUGAACCUACAGAGUGGCCUGCUGGUAACCCUUGAUGCUCAUGCAUUUAAAGGCUUGCAUUCCCUUGCUCACAUGCACCUCGAAAGAAACAAUAUUCGUUCAUUACCUGGCAUCACCUUUCAGGGCACACCAAACCUUGCAUCGCUCAGCCUCAACAAUAAUCAGCUGACUCGAAUAGAUGAAAAGCUAUUUGCCGGACUCUCCCAAAUGUGGUUGUUGAAUUUAGGAUGGAACUCACUUUCUGUACUGCCGGAGACGGGUUUCCACGACCUACACGGAUUACGAGAGUUAGUUCUUGCUUGGAAUCGACUGGCCUAUCUACAACCUCAGCUUUUUCAGGGACUGACUGAUCUCAAGGAAUUGGACCUAACCGGAAAUUAUCUGAAGGUUAUAAAAGCAAAUGUGUUUUUGAAACUGCCAAAGCUGCAGAAGCUUUAUCUGGCCCAAAACCAGAUAGUGACCGUGGCACCAAGGGCAUUCGUAGGAAUGAAAUCGUUGAGAUGGUUGGAUCUCAGCAGAAAUCGGCUAUCUGCUCUUCAUGACGAAACUUUUCUUGGCCUCCAUAGCCUACAUGUGCUUCGCCUAUCAAAUAACUCAAUCAGUAGCCUGCGACUCGGGACUUUCCGUGAUCUGCAGUACCUCGAGGAACUCUGUCUAUGUCACAAUCAGAUACGAUCUUUGGGAGUAAGAGUUUUUGAAGGGCUUGGUCACUUAGAGGUUCUUAACUUAGAGUAUAACCGGCUACAAGAGGCACGCAUGGGCACAUUUAUGGGCCUUAAUCAUCUUGCUGUGAUAAAACUUACUGGUAGUUGUCUACAAAGUUUACCGGAUCAAGUUUUUAAGGGCCUCUCAAAGCUCCACAGUAUUCACCUUGACAGAAGUUGUCUGACAAAAGUCACAGCCCAAAGUUUUAUUGGUCUAACAGGCCUGCGUCGCCUUUUCCUACAACACAACAACAUCUCUGUGGUGGAGCGACAAAGUUUUGUCGAACUACAAGGGCUACAACAGCUUGAUCUUAGAUACAACCAGUUACCAUCCAUUACAUCUCACACAUUUUACGGCCUGAAGAACCUAGAUUAUCUGCUGCUGUCAGGCAACUUAAUUCAGCAUCUUCCUGCUGAGGCCUUGCUUCCUCUGCAACACCUGUCUUGGCUGGAUCUCUCUGGAAACAAGCUAGAGAUCAUACUCAAUGCAACCAUACACAUGCUGCCGCGUCUGCGCUACUUGAACCUCAAAGACAAUGCACUCAUCAAUCUCCCAAGUUCUAUACCCGAAAGCUUGGACCAACUUUGGCUCUCAGGAAACAACUGGAAAUGUGACUGUAGUGCUAAACCCUUGAGGGAUUUCAUUCUACAGAAACCACAUGUGGUUCCACUACAGGUUGAAAUGCUUGGGGAUGGUGAGGAGCCCCAUACACUUAUCACAAUAUACAAUAACAUCACGUGCACCAGCCCAUCCAGUGUUUCUGGACUUGACUUGCGAAACAUUGCCAGUGAACACUUUCAGUACUGUUAAAUUUAAAGAUCCAUGUUUACACGACAAUGUUUUCAAACAAAAACAGGAUUUUUUUAAUGCAUUUUCCCAGCUAGAAAUAAAAAGUUCUAAGAACGU